AUGGCUUCGACAACGCCUCUCUCCAACCUCCCCCAAUCAGAAAUAGACGCCAUCAUCCGUACAAAACGAAAGGUGCGCGAGCCUAAAGCCUGCUAUCCCUGUCACACUCGAAAGGUCAAAUGCGAUCGCAAUUUGCCUUGCGACGGCUGCGUGAAACGGGACCACGCUGAUUUAUGUUCCUAUGAACGCCCAUCUAAAAAGCGCCAUGUGAACACUCCUCCACCUCCUGAUACAGAAGACGGGGCGAGAAGCCUUGAAGGUGCCGGAAAUGUCUCGGUUGGCGAUAUUGAAAUGCACGGUAUGGCCGCGGAUGCCGAGAGAGUAUCGAUAUCGAAGGUUGAAUGGGAGAGCGUUUGCUCCAAAUUAAAGGAUAUGGAAUGUGCUAUGUCUUCUCUGAGGGCAGAAAUGGAGAGAGUAGAUGCGAAUGCCAUGUAUCAACCCCAAACAGCGUUGGUCUCGCCGGAGCCUCCAAUUGACCAAGCCAGACUUCCACGGGAUGAACCGCUGUCCGAUCGGGAAGGGAUUCAUGCCAAAAACGAAUAUGGAAAUGGAACGGUACAUCUGGGAUCGAGAUCUGUUCUUGCUUAUCUGCUUGGAGGGUCAUCCAAGGAAGCUACUCAAGCGUUGCUUGAAGGAGGGUUGCUCCCGAAGCUGGGCCUGGACAACGAGACUGCCACUUAUCCGUUCAUCGACCUGUGGUCCUCUGACUCCUCCUCCUACGACAUCAAAUCUGUUUGCGCGGCGAUUCCGGAUGACAAACAAUGCCGCAUGUUAUUUAAAUAUUACCGCAAUAUCGCCGCCAUCAUCUACCCUGUCCUUUCAGAUAUCGAGCGGUUCGAGGAGAAAUUUGAGCUAACCCUUCGGAACCGGGCUGCGUUUGGAAUUAGUGAAAAUGAUAAUGAUGAAGUCAGCAAACCCUUUGGCAUGCCUACGGCAUUCAUAGGGCUAUUAUUCGCUGUGCUCGCAGCCGGUUGUCAAUCAUCCGAUAUGAGUGGAAAGGAGCGCGAAUUGACAUCUCAGGUCUAUGUCUGCUGUUCUUAUCAAUUCUUACGUGCGACAAACUUCCUAUCCCAGCCAACGUUGGAGGCAAUACAGACACUUCUUAUCAUCGGCAACGUUCUAUCAUAUAACAUGAAUCCUGGAGUGUCAUAUGUACUACUGGGGAUGAGUCUUCGAAUGGGCAUGUCGCUUGGGCUUCACGUAGAAUCUCACAAGUUUUCGCCCACACAACAAUAUGCCCGGCGGGUUGUAUGGUGGGCAACUGCAUGGCAGGAUAGUCACUUCUCACUCUCAUACGAUAGGCCGUCGGCGAUGGCGUUUAGUCACCCGGAUGUCCCUUACCAUCCAGAGUCACAGCCUGGGAGGAGAUCAUAUUUUGAGACUAUUUGCCAGCUUAUAUCCCUGACCUUAAAUAUUGUUAGAAGCCGUAUGCUGUCGACGGGUUCCCAGGUUGCGUAUUCCACGAUCCAGACAUACAGGGCAGAGUUGAAACGCAUAUUGGCUGAUACAGCACCGUAUCUUCGUGACCCUAUGCGCUGUACCUCGCUGAGCCAGAAUGUCGAAAGACUCGGUUUAAAGCUACAUUCUUCCUAUAUCACCUCAGAGAUAUGUCGACCCUCUCUAAGGCAAAAUGCAGAUCUCAACGAUGCAACCACAAUUGCGUUACGGAAAGAUUGCAUCACCGCCCUUUCGCUGACGGUAGAAGGGUACGUGGAGUUAUACUCUGUGAACCCGCAAGCUGCGCGAUCCUGGAUUGGUCUUCAGCGGGCCAUUAGCAGUGCAUUCUUACUUGCUGUUGUCGGUGAAUCUAAGACAGAUCCAAAUAUCUGGACCUUGCUUCGACGAUUGGAGGUCGUUCUCACGGAGCGUGCAACUGAAGACGACUCCUCCUAUAUUAGCCGAAAAACUGGAGCUGGUAGCUCAUCUCCUUUCGCCACAAGCUCGACAAAGAGAGCCAGUGCAAAUCUCGCAGAAGCAUCGCUGGAAACUCCUUAUGACCCCACAGCGACUGCAGUUCUAACAAGCAUACCCACCGACACAGAGACUCAGUGGGCAAAACCACUAAUAAAAUCCCUUCGAGCCCUUCAAAAGCUUAACGCGGCGUUGGCCGUUCAUCUCAGGCAAAAUGGAGCUGUCCCAACCACCGGCAGCGCUUAUACUCCCGCAUCAAUUUACCCUCAAACCGUUCCCCCGGCUGUGGCCAGCUCUGUUACCUCUGCAAGAGCUGGGUCGAUCCCGCCUCCAACCCCAGAAAGCUCUGCCAGCGGAGAGUGGAGUUUUCCGACACUGCUAGACCGUGCAGCUGAGUACAUAGAUCCGCCCCUGUGGUAG